CGGCAGCGCUCGCCAUUGCCGCUGGUGGCAGGAGGCUGCGAGGAGCCGGCGCGGUCGCAGUCUCCACGGCGCAGGCCCACGGUAGCGCAGCCGCUCUGAGGUACCUUCCCGCUCAGGGCACUGUGGCAUUGUAAGCUGUAAUGUGGAGACGACUUUCCUCUCUGACAGUAGAUCUUCAUGGAGGAACACGGAGUGACCCAAACCGAACACAUGGCUACCAUAGAAGCUCAUGCAGUGGCCCAACAAGUACAGCAGGUCCAUGUGGCCACCUACACUGAACACAGUAUGCUGAGUGCUGAUGAAGACUCACCUUCUUCUCCUGAGGACACCUCUUAUGAUGAUUCAGAUAUACUCAACUCUACAGCGGCGGAUGAGGUAACAGCCCAUCUGGCUGCUGCAGGUCCUGUGGGAAUGGCUGCUGCUGCUGCUGUGGCAACAGGAAAGAAACGGAAACGGCCUCAUGUGUUUGAGUCUAAUCCAUCUAUCCGGAAGAGACAGCAAACACGUUUGCUUAGGAAACUUCGAGCCACAUUAGAUGAAUAUACUACUCGAGUGGGACAGCAAGCUAUUGUCCUUUGUAUCUCACCCUCCAAGCCAAAUCCUGUGUUUAAAGUGUUUGGUGCAGCACCUUUGGAGAAUGUGGUGCGUAAGUACAAGAGCAUGAUCCUGGAAGACCUGGAGUCUGCCCUGGCAGAACACGCCCCUGCACCACAGGAGGUUAACUCAGAGCUGCCACCUCUCACCAUCGAUGGAAUUCCAGUCUCUGUGGACAAAAUGACUCAGGCCCAGCUUCGGGCAUUUAUUCCAGAGAUGUUGAAGUACUCCACAGGUCGGGGAAAACCAGGCUGGGGCAAAGAAAGCUGCAAGCCCAUCUGGUGGCCUGAAGAUAUCCCAUGGGCAAAUGUCCGGAGUGAUGUCCGCACAGAAGAGCAAAAGCAGAGGGUUUCAUGGACCCAGGCAUUACGGACCAUAGUUAAAAACUGUUACAAACAGCAUGGGCGGGAGGACCUUUUGUAUGCUUUUGAAGAUCAGCAAACACAAACACAAGCCACAACGACACACAGUAUAGCCCAUCUUGUACCAUCACAAACUGUAGUCCAGACCUUUAGUAACCCUGAUGGCACUGUCUCACUCAUCCAGGUUGGUACAGGGGCAACAGUAGCCACAUUGGCUGAUGCUUCAGAAUUGCCAACUACAGUCACUGUUGCCCAAGUGAAUUAUUCUGCUGUGGCUGAUGGAGAGGUGGAACAAAAUUGGGCCACGUUACAGGGAGGUGAGAUGACCAUCCAGACAACGCAAGCAUCAGAGGCCACCCAGGCGGUGGCUUCAUUGGCAGAGGCCGCAGUGGCAGCUUCUCAGGAGAUGCAACAGGGAGCUACAGUCACCAUGGCACUCAACAGCGAAGCUGCCGCCCAUGCUGUCGCCACCCUGGCCGAGGCCACCUUGCAAGGGGGGGGACAGAUCGUCCUGUCUGGGGAAACCGCAGCAGCCGUUGGAGCACUUACUGGAGUCCAAGAUGCUAAUGGACUGGUCCAGAUCCCUGUGAGCAUGUACCAGACUGUGGUAACCAGCCUUGCGCAGGGCAAUGGCCCCGUGCAGGUGGCCAUGGCCCCUGUGACCACCAGGAUAUCGGACAGCGCAGUCACCAUGGACGGCCAGGCUGUGGAGGUGGUGACGUUGGAACAGUGACAUGCAGCCAUAUCAUGGCCUUGUUUUCUAGUCUACUUCAAAAUUUUUUACACGUUUGCAGAGGUGCAAUCAAGUGGAAUUAAGUCUCUCGACUUUGGAAGAAAAGUUUUGUUAACCUUUUUUUUAAAAGGAAGAAAGGCAGCAGAUUUUGGAAUUGCAUUUUUUAAAGCACCACUCUUGAUUUUCUGGGAUCAGUGGAGUAAGAUACUGUGUUGUCAAUUUCACUGUCCCGAAAAAGCCAAAUUGUGGCAGGACUUCUUUCUGCAGAAAUAUGUGUGUAUACUUAUGUGUGUGUAUGUGUGAGUGUGAAUAUAUGUAUAUGUGUACAUAUGGAUAUACACAUAUACAUAUAUAUAAAGCAUAUAUAUAUGUGUGUGUAUAUAUAUAUAUAUAUAUAUAUAUAUAUAUAUAUAUAUAUGAAACCCGCAUGGAAUUAUCUGUAUGAAAUCAAGGUGAGCUGUGGAAAAAAUAAUUCACCCAGUUUAGUGGGUGUAGGGUACGUGGCCAGACACAGCCACCCAGUUUUUGUUCAUACCAGGGUCAUGCGUUGAGCUACUGACAAACUCAGGCGGAGGUGACCAUGCCCUUCACCAAAGCUGCCCCCCAGUGGCCACCCAGAACUCUCUCUGCUGGACUCACCUGAGGCAGGAGGUUCCAGAAUAGGGUGAGGUCCAGAAGUUGUGCUUGCAAGGUCCAGGGGUCUCGUGGUCUGGCAGUUGAGACGCUCUUCGGGCUGGCCCAGGUGCUGACCUUGCCACAGGCAAAUGAAUGUCCUUAAAGCUCCCAAGCAGGGACAGAGGGUUUUCUUCAACCUCCCAUCUCCUCCCCUUCCCAGGAAACCUUCUUGAUCUCAUGACUAUAACACGUUACUUUGGUUUUAAGGUCAGUCCUGAAUUGGUCAUGUAUAUGAACUGAAGGUAACAGAAGUAUUAAGGGUUUGAGGAGUGCGUGCGCAUUAGGUGUGCUUGUGGGUGUGUGCGUGGUGGGGAGAGAAUGGGAGGGGGGUGGGAGGGGUUGGAAGGGGAAAGGAAGGACGGAGAGAAAAAUCUUCAAAGACCAGGGUACAAUGGGAGCAAUCUUCUUUCUUGUAACCUUCUGUGGCUUAACAGCGGAGAUUGGCACUGAAGGGGCACCCAGCUGGAGGAAGGUUGGCCAUCACACUGGGGGUCGUUAGAAGAGAAGAGGGCUGAGGGUGUUUCCUGUGCUCCUGGAUCAGGCCCUGUUUCAGAAGGGACUCUGCAGUUUUCUCGGGUGCAUCCUGCUGGGCCCGGCCCCAGGCAGCUUCCUUCUCCCAGGUGUUUAUUGGUCUGGGUAUGCUUUGUAACUAAAUUCUGUGAUUUCUUAGCUGCAAGCCCUGAGUCUCCAGUGGUUAAAUUCACCUGACUUUUUGACAGGCCAAAUCUCUGCUCCUUGAGUACAGGGACAACUCUUCCUCCCUCCUCCCAGGCCCCCCAUGUGUGAUAGUGUAUUUAAUGUGUUUUUUUUUUAAUGCGACAUUAAAAGAGUCUUCACGUCUUGCUCAGCCUUUGAAAAAAGUUUCAGAUUCUUGUAUUUGCUUGUUUUAUAUAAAACUAUCCAAUGUUCUUUGUAUGUUUUUUUCUGUACGUAAUGCGGGGAGGGAAGGGAAAUUUACAUAAAACAGUCCUAGUUCUACAAUUUGUUAUUUUUUUAAUUAUUAUUUUUUAUCGUCAUUGUGAAGCUGUCCAGGGGCUUUAAAGUCCGUGUUCCCUUGUGGUGAAAUAACCUCCUAAUAGUUUGAGAAAUUGCCAAGAAGAAGGAAAGCAAAACCCUAGUAGCAGAGCAUGGAUUCUGUGUCGUUCUCCAUUCUGUCUAUUACUGCCUCAUUCAAUAAAUAGUUAACAAUGUGGCAACAGAAAGUGGAACUGUUCAUCUCUAUAGGAGCACUUAGCCUCUUAGCAGCUCUCUUCUAGGGUGGCUUGUUCUGCUUUGUAAAAGGAAAAGGUGCUUGGGCUCCAGCUCAGUGGUCUUUGAACUGUGCUCCUUGGCGCUGUGGGCCUGUAAGGGGAGUGCUAGGCUGGGGCCAGGGCCUCCUCCCCACCCCCCAUCACCAGAGCAGCUCCAUCUGUCCUGCGCAGGGUAGGGGGAUCUAGUUUGAAAAAUCCUAAAGAUGGUUUGAAAACCUCUACUCUGGCAGGUUUUUAGGGGUUAAUUGCUUUUCACAGGGUGGUUGGUGGUGCCUGUCCACCCACGUCCUCCCUACAUGAGUGUUGUUCAGUGUUGUGGUGGAUUAUCCUUGAAGCAGGGACCCCAAGCCAUUGCUUCCUUAAGCCCUCAGUCCUUGGGCUCUCUCACAGCUCACUGCUUUAACGUGGCAGCUGCCAGCUUCCCAUCUCCACCUCCUGCCACACCCCCAGCUUCAGGCCCUUCCUAAACCCCCAGUGGUUUUGCACCUCAGUACUUGUGCCCACUGCGUGCCUCAGCCUGAAGUGCUGGACUCCUUGCCACCUCCACCACCCCUUUCUUUCUUUUUGUUGUUGGGUGUUUGGGUCGGUUUCCUGGUGAUAAUGAUUAGAAUAGUUGAAUGUGGAAGGCCAGAGAUGUUUUCCUUGCUGACUGACAGUGGCUCAGUAAAGCCAGUGCCAUCUCUCCCCAUUCUUCUGGCACAAAUGGGCACAAAUGGCACAUCGUUGCCUAUUGUCACCAGAGAGGAUGGACCAGAGAAAGGACUGAUUGCAGCCAGAUAAGCCAAACAUCACUGCUGUUGGCCACCUGUGGAACAGCUGGGUGAUCUACAGUGCCUCUGUGGGAAUGGCAUCUCUCCAGAGGCAAAGUGCAUUCUGUUUGCCUGGCAAGACUCAGAUGCGUGUAUUGAAACUUUCUUUGAUGGGGCUGAUGGAAAUCCUUGCUUCCAUUACUGCCCAAAUCACCAACAGGAGCUGCUAACUCAGCUGCCUACAGGGACCAGGUGGUUGGAAUCAGUGUGUGAAGUGGAAGCGAUUCAGUUGUGAGAGAAGAGGGAGUAAUGGAGACAGGCAGAGUGGAGAGCGUCUGUCUAAAGGGAGCUGACUCCUAAGUGCUGGCAGAGUGUCAUGAGGCAGGAGGCACAUGGGCCCUGAGCCCCAUCUUUAAGAUUUUCCAGAGAAACUGGCAAGUCCAGAUUUCUGUAUGAAUCUCCUGAUUUCAACAACAAAUCAAAAAUCCUUUACAUACUCUGCAGGCAAAAUAAAACCCACAUGCAGACCAGCUCUGGCCUCUGGGUCAGUUUUGUUUAACUUUGUGAAUGCCCACCAUGUGCUGGGUGAAUAAAGGGUGGCAAUUGCCCGGGAAACAGGAGGAGAUGAGGAGACGUUCAUGUGAACAGACCACAGCAGCCUGUGUUACCAGGUGCCAUCUGGACAGAGUGCUGUAGCAGAAUGAGUUAUCAUGUCUCUUUAAGGGUCCUCUGCAUUAAGUAGUUUAUCAUCCUGCAGACAAGGAUCUGGUGCUCACCAAAACCAAGAGGCUGGGCUAGGAUUCUUGGCUUUAAGUCCUACCUCUGAGAAGAUCUGUUGGCAGUACUGGUGACCACUGAAGUCAUCCAAACUCAGAUGAACAAGCCGAGGGGAACCAGAAGGGCAGGCAAGAGAAGGACUCCUCCCCGGAAGAAGAGCCCAGGCUGCCAGUGCACCCUGGGCCUCACGCGGACCCAGUCGAGGCUCAUUUCUGGCCGCUUCUCAAGUGGAAAAGAACCUGCACCUGCAUUCGCCUUCCUCCCUAUCCGCCGCCAUUCUCCUUCCCUCCUCUAUCAGGUCUCCGAGGGCAUAGCGGAGUUGGAGUAGGCCCGUGGUGGAUCCCUUUGGUGUCAGUACCAAAACCCAACAGGGAGGACACUGAAGCUUGAUUACCUGGACCACAGGCUACGUGAGGUGAGGAAGAAAAGCCCACAUUUUCCCUCUCAUCUCCAUCUCGGUGGGCUGUGGGCCGCCCAGGACACCAGCCCAAGCCAGCCUACGGCCUCAGCACAGCUCAUGCUCAGUUGCCGAGUCAGAAGCUCCUGUCGGCGCAUUCCCACCUGGCCUCUGCCGUUUGCUCCAGGUUGGCAGCUCUUGGAGAAGAUCCACUCAGGAUGCUGGACGUGGCACAGAGGAAGGAGGUACCCAGAGUGGGGAGAUACGGCUUAAGGACUGGACUCUGAAAUAGCUGGAGAAUGUAGGUUUUCUCCACCUGCCAUUCCACUCCCAGUGCUGCUGGGCCCCUGAGUGAGUCCCCAACCCACUCUGAAUUUGAGUUUCUCCCUCCUGAAAAUGGCUGGGCUGUUAGCAAAUAUUUGCUGAUUACUGGAGUGUAUUUCUGCAGAGAAUUGGGGGAAAGGGUGGAGGAGCAGGGAUAAUUUUCAUCUGCAGAGGGGGAUCCAGGGUCCCCUGAGAACCUGGUUCUUAGCCGGAGCCACCUUGUAAGGCAAGGCCUGGCCUGCACCCCAGCCCUGUUCAGAGGCUUUCCUAGCUCUUGUUUAUGAGAACUAUCUUACCUGCAAUUAAAAGUGUUUAUAUGGUAGCAAUAAUAGUUAACACUUACAGCCCUUACAAUGUGCCUUGUUCUGUUCUAAGAGAUUUACCUAUAUAUUAACUUACUUAUUAGUCUUUACAGAGUUAUUAUCCCUACUUUACAAAUGAGCAAACUGAGCCACAAAGAGGUUAAGAGGUAGCUUAUUUAAUAUUUGGGGGAAAAAAGCUAGAAACUGUCCCCCCAAAUUUAAUGUGCUUGUAAAUAAAAUUGUUGGUGUAACUUAAA